CACCAGGUUCCGGCUGGAGAUUCCCCGCCGGCACCUGGCGAUCACCAUGAAACACGGACAGGGGAGAGUUCUGUAUCAUGCUGCUUUGUAUUGCUCUGCAUAGCAGAGCAAUACAAAGCAGCAUGCUUACAUAGUGAACCAUGCACAGCACACUUGGUAAAACAGCACACAAUUAACCCUUUGAUCGCCCCAGAUGUUAACCCCUUUCUGCCCAGUGUCAUUAGUACAGUGUCAGUGCUUUUUAUUAGCACUGAUCACUGUAUCAGUGUCACUGGGGAUGUCAAUGGCAGUUACUCAGUUCCCCCCAGUGUCAGAAUGCCUGCCGCAGUCCCGCUAUAA